GGUUACAUUAUAAUGACUGAAUGGCUGGGCAUAGUGGUGCAUGCCUGUUACCAUCACAGCUACUUAGGAGGUAAAGGCUCAUGGCCCAAAGUUGGUGCAAGAACUUACCCAGAAACACACUAAAAGCAAAAAUUAUUAAGGACAAUGGCUCAAGUGUGGAGCACUCAGCCAGCAAACCUGAGGCACUGAGUUCUUUGACUUCGAAUGUUUUAUUUUGUCCAAUGUUGACAAUUUAUGCCUACUUUUGGUAAAAUACUGAGUUUGUCAUUUCAGGGUAAAAUAUUUGGAGUUCCUGUUCGUGCACUGCCCCAUUCUGUUGUACCAGAAUAUGGAAACAUUCCAAGCUUUCUUGUGGACGCCUGCACAUCUUUGGAAGCCCACAUUCACACUGAAGGACUGUUUAGGAAAUCAGGAUCUGUUACUCGUCUAAAAGCACUAAAGAGCAAAGUGGAUCAUGGUGAUGAAGGUGGCCUGUCUUCCGCACUGCCGUGUGAUGUUGCAGGGCUCCUCAAGCAGUUUUUCAGGGAGUUGCCUGAGCCCAUCCUCCCAGCUGAUUUGCAUGAAGCACUUUUCAGAGCUCAGCAGUUGGGAACAGAGGAGAAGAGUAAAGCUACAUUGCUGCUCUCCUGUCUUAUGACCGAUCAUACAGUUGAUAUCCUGAGAUACUUCUUUAGCUUUCUCAGGAAUGUUUCUCUUAGAGCCAGUGAGAAUAAGAUGGAUAGCAGCAACCUUGCUGUCAUAUUUGCACCAAAUCUUCUUCAGACAAAUGAAGGGCAUGAGAAGAUGUCUGCUAACAUGGAAAAAAAGCUACGAUUACAGGCUGCAGUAGUACAGACUCUUAUUGAUUUUGCACCUGACAUUGGGCGUGUACCAGACUUCAUCCUAGAAAAGAUGCCAGCUAUGUUGGGAAUCGAUGGUCUGUGUGCUACUCCAUUACUGGAAGGUUUUGAAGAAGGUGAAUGUGAAACUCCUGGUGAAUGCAAGAGGAAACGAAGACAGAGCGUCGGAGAUUUUGUUAAUGGAGCCCUCAAUAAACUUAAAUAUAACAGAACACCUUCUAUUACACCUCAACAGGAUAGAACUGGUCAGCUCUCUGUAUCACCAGUGAUUUUUACACCAAAUGCUAAACGCAAAUUGCCAGUAGAUUGUUCCCAUGGCUGCUCAAGUAAGAAAAGGAAGUCCAUCAAGCACAGUUUUAACUUUGAGCUGUUGCCCAGCAAUCUCUUCAGUAGCAGUUCUACACCCGUAUCAGUUCACUUUGAUACAAGCCCAGAGGGGUCAUCUCAAAGUUCCAUCUCUCCUGUAGCCAUGAGUGGAAAUGGUUUGAUGAGUACAGAUGUGCUGCGGCGGAGUAAAAGGAUUGCAAACAAAAGACUUUGCAGGGUAGAAUCUGGAAAAGCAGGCUGUUUCUCUCCUAAAAUCAAUCGUAAGGAAAAAGUUCGAAGAUCUCUUCGUUUGAAAUUUAGUCUGGGGAAAAGCAGCAGAGAUGCCAAUGGGUGUUCUGGUGUCAACAGAUCCGAGCAUGUUGGUCGGCGACUUGCAAAUCAACCAAGUUUAAAAACUAGGAUCGAAUCUGUAAAAACAGGUCUACUUUUUAGCCCAGAUAUUGGUGAAAGAUUAUCAAAGAAAGGUCCUAAAAAGAUCAGUAAGUCUGAGGAAAACUUACUAACUCCAGAGCAAAUGGAUGGAACAAGUUACCGGAUGUCUUGGACAGGACCCAGUAAUUUGAGUUUCCAAAUGGAUGUAAAUGAAGCGUCUCCAACAAUGGGGAAUCCUGAGGUGGAGAACUUUCCUUUGGAGCCCAGUGUCAUGAUUGAAAAGUUACCUGCUCUGUCAUGUGAACUCAGGCCUUCUGCUCUGCAGGGCCGGCCUGUGGGCAGCGCCUUAGCGAGCUCCCUCAGUGGGGAUGAAAACAGUGUCACCUCAGAAACGGUGGUGAAAAUUCAGAGAGCGUUUUCUGAGUCCGGAAGUCAUCUUCAUGCCCUGAUAAGUCACAGACGGUCAUCAGUGACUGCAGAGGAGGAAGUAAAGUUAACCGAACCAUUGUACAUAGAAAGUAGCCCGGAGAAAAGCCUGUGUGAAGCUGAUGAUGAGACUGUGCGAGAGUCAGAAGAAAAGUAUGGAAACGGCAGUGGCAAAGACAAACAUUAUUCUUCAGAAGUAGAUGGCUUACCCCAUCAAAGUGAAACACUUGGAAAAGAAGCCACUGGGGGGUGGUACUCAGCUCAGAUGAGGGUAGAAGAUGAGCUUCAUUCAGAUAUACCAAAAGAUCAUGUAAGCCAACAGCUCCCCAGUCAUGAGCAGGUCCCGGAACAGCAGUCCCCAGGGAACGGUCAGACAACAGAGGUGAAGGACAGCGAGAACAAGAGUGAGGACAAGAAAUCCGCAGCUUCCAGCCCAGCUGAGGCUCAGUCCUCUUCCUCACAGCAGAGUGUGUGCGAGGGUUUGGGCCAGUCAAAGCCUAAGCCUGUGGGACCUGCUAAACAGCGUGCUCCGGUAGAAAGCUGUGAUGGGACUGUUUGUGAACUCUUGCAAAUGACAGAGCCCGGGAAGGUUUCAGACCACAUACAGUGGUUUAAUAAGUUGUCUUUAAAUGAGCCAAAUAGAACAAAAGUGAAGUCACCUCUGAAGUUUCAGCGUACACCUGUCCGCCAGUCUGUUCGAAGAAUUAAUUCUCUGUUAGAAUACAACAGACAGCCUGGUAGGCAGAAGCUGGUCAUCCCUUGGGAUGCAGCUUCGCCCCUGGUCAAGUCUGUGAGCUGUGACAGUGCCCUUCCCUGCCACACAGGGGGGGUGUCAGCAGAGACCUCUGCUUCAGAUACUCGCUCAGCUCCUCAGGACCCCAGGGCCUCAUCGUGUGAAUGGUCGGGUAUUGACGGAAUUUCAAAGUCGAGCACAGGGCUGCCUUCCAGAUCUUUUUCAAAACUAAGGAGACACCCAGAGUCUGUGAAUGCUACUCUUCAGCCUAGAGUCUUUAAACAGGAAGUUGUAUCUGAUGGCCAAAUUAAGAUUCCCUUGGAUGAUCUGACUAAUCAUGAUAUUUUAAGAUCUGGUGUAAAUAACAAGGGCUUUCCUUCUGGGAUAAAAACAAGGGUCCUUAGGAAACCCUCGGAAAGAGAAAGGGUCUGGUACAAAGGAUCUCCAAAACAUCCUAUUGGAAAGGCUCAGCUGUUACCAACAAGUAGACCUGUGGACUUGUGACUGGCAUGUGUACCUGUUGUCAGUGUAAAUAAAAUUAGUGACUUGGAGGGCAAUGGACAUGUUAGUUUGUAGCUCAGGGUGACUUUAUGUAGUAAAUUUUCCUUGAAACUUGAUUUUUACCACAGGAACACUUAGAAAUUCCAUAUUUGUGCAUAUGACUUUUUUCUUAAUGAUGGCAG